CUCUGCGCAGUACUGAUCGGGGGAAAACCACCUUCUUCCUGCGAGGUGCACAGAGCCACUGCCAUCAUUGGCUUACGAAGCUGUCAGUUUAUGAAAUGACCUAGAGGGUGGGGUAACAGCCAGGAAAAAUGGCUUCGUUGUCGGUGAGCGAAUCGCAAGAGAUGGAAGUUGACAGGAAGGGUGAAUCCGAGGAAUCCGGGGAUGAGGAAACCAAGAGGAAGAGUCUGAAUGGGGAGGUGGACCCCCAGGAGCCCCCUCCUACAGGAAAAGAGGAGGUGCCUGUUGACAUGGAUACCAUAACGCUGGAUCCGGAGGAAGAGGAUGUUGAUUUGGUUCACUGCAGGAUUGGGAAGAUUGAGGGACUGGAGGUACUGAGGAAGGCUAAGACUCUGUCUUUGAGGCAGAACCUCAUCAAGAAGAUCGAGAACCUUGAGACCCUCACGUUGCUACGGGAACUGGAUCUCUAUGACAACCAGAUCCGCCGGCUGGAGAACCUGCAGAACCUAACUGAGCUGGAUGUCCUGGAUGUGUCCUUUAACAUCCUGAGGAAGGUGGAGGGUCUGGAGAGGCUGACCCGGCUGAAGAAGCUCUUCCUGCUGCACAACAAGAUCGGCGCCAUCGACAACCUGGCCCACCUGACUGGCCUGGAGAUGCUGGAGCUGGGUUCCAACCGCAUCCGGGUGAUAGAGAACCUGGACUCUCUCUCCUCCCUGGACAGCUUGUUUCUGGGCACCAAUAAAAUCACCAAACUCCAGAACCUGGAUGGGCUGCAUAACCUGACGGUGCUCAGCAUCCAGAGUAACCGCAUCACUAAGAUGGAGGGACUGCAGAGUCUGGUGAACCUACGGGAGCUCUACCUGAGCCACAAUGGCAUUGAGGUCAUCGAGGGCCUGGAAAACAACAAAAAGCUGACGACUCUGGACAUCGCCGCCAAUCGGGUGAAGAGAAUCGAGAACAUCAGCCACCUGACGGAGCUGCAGGAAUUCUGGAUGAACGAUAAUCAGAUCGAGAACUGGGGCGACCUGGACGAGCUGAAGAACGCGCGGGGGCUGGAGACGGUGUACCUGGAGCGCAACCCGCUGCAGAAGGACCCGCAGUACAGGCGCAAGAUCAUGCUGGCGCUGCCCACCGUGCGGCAGAUAGACGCCACCUUCAUCCGCUUCUGACCCCGCCCCCCUGCCGUGCCAGUGAGCCCCACCCCCAGGACCCCAGCACCACGCCCCCACGUCUGUCUGCACACCUAAACCCUCGAACCACACGCGCGCACACACACACACACACACCCCAGGAUUGGUCACAUGCUAUCUCUUGUGUAAACACAGGCGCGCACACACACACACACACACACACACACAUUCCGGCUUUGCACUCUUGUUUAUGGAAGUCCCUUAUUUAUUCAUAGCUGUGUCGUGGGUGCGAUGCCUUCUGAAACGGGGUUUAAGAUUUUUCCACUUCCCUCCAACCCUUCGCAUGUGGGUUUGUGUGUGCCCUCUCUUAUGGCACCAGCCCCCCCCCCCCCCCCCCCCCCACCACCACCACCACCACCACCCCCCCACAUGGUUCAGUUUCACACAGUCAAAAAAAAAUACCUGUGCUUCAGAAGUGCUCUGACCCCACCCACGCUACAUCAGGAGGAGCAGUGCAUGCUGGGAUUUGGUUAACAAAACAGGGACCCCCCCCUCUCCAUAACAUUAUAACACUCACCCCCUUCCUCCCCUGCUCUCUUCUCCUACACACACGCGCGCACACACACACACACACACACACAGGAAUACGUACUCAUGUUGUGGCGGUUCUAUGUCAGUGGAAAGGGAAUCUACACAGCCCAAGCAAAUUGAGGUGGGCUUGUUUAGACUGUUCGCGCAGUGGGUUGGCUUUUCUCGUCAUUGAUUUCUUUUGCACUCUCGAGGGAUAGCCUCUUUGUCCUGUUUUAUGUUGACUGGUUGUAUCGUGUCAGUAUUUAUCAACCUGCCCCAGAGUAUACUCCGCUCUGCUCAGGCAGACCACAGAAGGCAACAGGAUCUUUUAUUUUUUUAUCUUUUAAUUUAAGUUCUGGUAAAAAAAAAAAAAAAACUGUUAUUUUGAAAUAAUAAACACACUAAAAUGAGUAGUUUUGUUUUCCUGGUGGUGUGCACUGAUGAGCACUGUCUUUGUAUGGUUGCAUUUUCAAAUGGCAUGCCCCCCCCCCACCUCUUUUCAAUAGAACCCUUCAUUUGAGGUGUACACAACAGUGCGUACGACAGCAUACAACAUGUUUUGUGGAUUUUUGUUAAUGUUUGUUUUGUUUGAAUCUUAUGUGCAGUAGCUUGGUUCUUAUUGAUCUGGAGGGGUCUGGGGGUGUGGUUCUUCCAAUCCCUCCCCCACAGGUGUUUGUGAACACUGAACAGGUACUGGUUCCAUCAGAUGGAUGUAGCCUGCGUGGGGGUCUGGGGAAUGGGGUGGGGGUGUGGUAGUACAUCUGGAUGUUUUCACAAGCCUCACAGGCUGCACAAGAUCUAUGACACCUGAAAAGAAUGUCAAAGCCUCAGCCACACCCGAUCUGCAGCACUGGAGGAUUGUGGGAAGAGUCUAAAGCUGCUUGGAGGAGAGAGUGUGGGGGAUUAUUUUUUUGUUUGUUUGCUUUUUUUAAAUUUGAUUUUUACAAGUGCUUGGUUGACUGUUUUAACCUGAAUGUAUUAUAAAAGAUUAAAUAAUUAAAUAAAUUCAAAUUAAAUAUGG